AUGUGGCUGUUGUCUGCUAUCUUAAUCGUAGCUACUUUCAAUGCAGUAAUUGGUUGUAAACAUUCGCAUUCUGCAGCUCUCUCUCAAAUUCAAUCUGUUGGCAUUGGAAUUUUAUCAUCAGGUGGUUGCAGUAAUUGUAAUAAUCCAAAAUGUACAUCACUUGAUCAAGUGAAUUGCAAUGCAAUUCGUUGUUUGAGAACACUGAAAACAUCUUCAGGUUGUCCUAUCACAGUUACUGGAGGCACAGAAACUGGUCAUGCUAGUGGAACACAUUCACAUUGGAAUGGAUAUAAAAUUGAUAUUUCACUCAAUUCAUGUAUCGAUUCAUAUAUUACAAAACAAUUUGCUUACAUUGGUAAACGAGGUGAUGGUGCUACUCAAUAUAAAGCAUCAAGUGGCAAUGUUUAUGCUAAAGAAGGCAAUCAUUGGGAUAUUACAUUCACUGCUCAAUUUAUAACUAUUGUUAACAGUUCUCACUUUUUGGGUGGCACUAUCAAUUGGUGUAUAGAGAAUUCGUCAACUAAUAGUACAUGGGUAGCUAUACUUAUUACUCAAACAUAUUCUUGGACAUAUACUCCUGAAAAAUAUGAUCAUGGUGAAAUUGCUGCACAUCAAGUAGUAGCUGGUACAGGAGGAAUACUAACUUGUUCACCUAGUUGUCCAACUGGUUUUGGAAGUGUGUCUACUACACCUUAUUGUACUGAUGUUUCCUCACUCAAUGGAAUCGCAGUUGGACAACGUUCAGAUGUAGUUGUAAUACCAGAAGGCAGUGAUUUUUCAGUGAUUUAUGCAAGUAGUGCAUGGGGUAGUCUAACGUUAGGCGGAGCUGUCAGCGAUGCUGAUGGAGAUAUUGUUCGAUGUCGUUGGGCUACUAGUUCGAAUGGUGUUGAUGAAUGUGGUUCCGUAUGUCCACCACAUUCAUUACCAGCCAAUACAGUGAUUUAUUCAAACUGUACUAUUGAAGUUAUUGGUACAAUUGCUGGUAGUCGAUAUGCUAUAGCAAUUAUGGUCACAGAGGAUUUCAUCAAUUCAACUAGUACAACACCAUUAAGUUCAGUACCUGUUCAAUUUCUUCUUGAAGUCGUUACUCCAUCAUCAUGUUCUAUUCUACCUGAAGUGUCGCUUACUGGAAAAUCAUGUACACCAAUUAAGGUUAAUGAAACAUUUACAUCCCAAUUACUUGGUAUAAAUCAUUGUGGAGAAAAUGUUACUAUUAUUGACAUAUCUACAUUGUCUUUUUCUGGAAUGAUUCAAGAAUCUCUUGCCAAAUUAAGUUCUCUCAUUUAUUAUAAAAAUAUAACUUGGACACCAACUAUUUAUCAACUUGGCUAUCAAGUUAUGUGUGCAAUGGGUUUGAACAGUCAACAUGUACAAUCAUUGCAACAUUGUUUCACGUUUUAUGUAACAGAAAAUGGUACGGAUACAUGUCCUGGAGUUAUAGACCAUAGCACAACGACGAUCUCAUCAAUAUCAACAUCAACAACAUUAAUGACAACGACAAACACAUCAACAUCAACCCAAAUACUAACAUCUAGUUGUAUCAAUUGGUUAUUGGUUGCAAGUCUUGCUGCUUUGGCUCUUCGGACUACGGCCUAAACAACUAAACCAAAUAUUCAUAUUAUUGUUCAUAUUCAUGGUGGUGGUUGGGUUCGUGGUAGUCAUACAAACAAAUGGCAUGGUAGUUUAACAAUAGGUCGAACAUGUGCUCGUGAAGGUUUUGUUAGUAUUAUUGUAUCUUAUCGUUUAGCACAUGCUGAUCCAAAUCAAAUAUUUCUCUCUGGUUAUUCAGCUGGUGCACAUUUAAUUAGUUUACUUGUUCUUGAUAAAUCUCAUUUACAUCGUCAUGAAUUUCCUCUAUCAAUAAUAUGUGAUGUUAUAACUAUAAGUGGAAUUUAUAGUCUAGCAAAUUCAACACAUGAUUAA